AUGGCCGCGCGUCUCGGCGCUAUCGGAACUCGCGUCUGCGAAGAGAACGAAUACGAGAGCUGCUGGCAGCUCAGCGGAAGUGGCGAAGCGGAAGAGGCAAUAGGAAGCUUGGGGCCACGCGGGUCGACCUACUCGGCGCGAAACCGAGCGCACGUGGACUAUAUUACUUCCGGCGUCAGCAGGCUCUUCAAGCAGUCUAGGCGAAAACAGUCUGUGAGAAUUAGAAAAUGCAUGUGUCUGCCGUCCAAUUACGCCCUCGCGGAAUUCCCUGUAGUCUGGUCCGAGCUCAGGGCUAACCAGCAGCUAUGCGACGGCGUCAUAAGAUGCUCGGAGGAUCAAGUCUUCCCAGUCCAUCGCGCUAUAUUAUCCGCGGUGAGCCCCUAUUUCAAGGCCCUUUUCACCAACAGCCUGAAAGGCGGCAAAACCGAGACCACGGAAGUCGUUAUUUCCGUAUCCGGUGAAAUCUUCAGUCUGAUCCUCGACUACGCCUACACGGGCACCUGCAACGUAAACGCCGAUAAUGUCGAGCAGUUGCUGCCGUUGGCCGAUCAAUUCGAGGUGCUCGGGAUCGUCCAGCUCUGCUGUCAGUUUUUGUUGCACGAGCUACGGCCAGAAAAUUGUUUAGGCAUUUUCAAAUUUGCACGGCACUACUUCUGCCGCGAUCUCGAGAAACAGGGCCAGAAGUACAUACGUCACCACUUCAAUCGGAUACUGCGGGAGAGCGCGGAGUUCAAGGAUCUUCUUUGCGACGAGCUGGAAGCGAUAUUGCGCGACGACGAGCUCAAUGUUAAAAACGAGGAGAUCGUGUUUGACGCCAUCAAGACAUGGGUCGAAGCCAGAGUCGAGAGACGGGUUUAUUUACCGAGGUUGCUGGAAUGUAUACGAUAUGGUCUCAUGAGUCAUAAGUAUUUCAUUAAUAACAUCGUCAACUGGAAGCUUGUCGAGAAGGAUCAAGCGUGCCAACAAAUAUUGCUGCCUAUGAACGCUUAUCUAACCGACCAAGAGUUGAAACAAAACGGAGAGAUCGAUCUAAAGAAUCCUAUUGCGAGACCCCGAGUUCCGUACGAAAUUCUCUUUGCGAUUGGCGGAUGGAGUGCCGGCUCGCCCACCAGUUUUGUGGAAACUUACGACACAAGAGCUGACCGAUGGUUUCUCUCAGUGAACACGGAUGUAACUCCGAGGGCUUAUCACGGACUAUGUGUCCUGAACAACUUUAUUUAUAUGAUCGGCGGCUUUGAUGGUAACGAGCAUUUUAACACGGUGCGAUGCUUCGAUCCGACGACGAAAAUUUGGCGGGAACGAGCCUGCAUGUAUCAUGCUAGAUGUUAUGUGAGCGUUUGCACACAUGGCGGCAAGAUUUAUGCGCUCGGUGGAUACAAUGGCCGCACGAGAAUGAGUUCUGGCGAACGGUACGAGCCGCAAAGGAAUCAAUGGGAGAUGAUACCGUCGAUGCAUCGGCAACGAUCGGACGCGAGCGCGGCCGCCCUGCACGACAAGAUCUACAUCGUUGGCGGCUUCAACGGCCAGGAAGUUCUCGACUCGGCGGAGGUCUUUGACGUGGAGUCCGGCCAGUGGACUAACAUCAAUUCGAUGAUCAGCCCGAGAUCCGGCGUCUCUUUAGUCGCCUUUCGCGACAGUCUCUACGCCCUCGGCGGAUUCAGCGGUGUUGUGAGAUUGAGUUCCGGAGAACGUUACACUCCAAAUCAUUCGGACCAAUGGCACGAAAUCUCGGAGAUGUUUAACCCACGCAGCAAUUUCGCCACGGUAAUCCUCGACGAUAUGAUCUUCGUCAUCGGCGGCUACAAUGGAUCCAGUACAAUCGCGUACGUCGAGUGCUACGACGCGGAUUACAAUGAAUGGUACGAUGCAUCCCCUAUGAAUCUUAGUCGCAGCGCGCUCAGUGCCUGUGUGAUAGCGGGUUUAGCGAACGCGCGAGAGUACUCCUACCUGGGCAAAGCGCGAGAUCUCGGCCAAGGCCAGGCGACGUCGAAGAACGGGGAAAAAUCCGAUCAACCUGGCGAGGGGUCUGCCGGAACUAACGUCAUAAUCUCAGCGCAGGAGGACGAGCCGAUAGACGUGAGCGAGUCAGUGCACGUUGUUGGUCCCGUUGACGGUAUGGCCGAUGGUAUCGGAAAUUUCUACGAGGAGGAGAACAGUAACGAUGAGAAGGAGAUGCAGGACGGCCCCUUGUAUGUCGUGCUAGAUUAAACAUCAUUAAAAGUUGAAGCGUCGGUUGAUACGAUGCUGUCGUCACGUCUUACAAGUCUGUGUGGAUGUCAUUAAAAAUAAUAUCCUGUACGUUUGAUCGAGUAAACUAUCUUUGACUAACGAUACGCAAGAUUUAUAAUAAAUUGAUAUCAUCAUUAUUGUACGAAUGAAUAAUGACAUGUGAAAGAGAGAUAUUUGUAAAAUGGCAUCCAUGUUUUUAAUUAUUGGUGACCAUUAACAAUCACUUACUCGACAAAAUAUGCAGAAUAUUAUUUCCUAAUAACAUUUAUGACUUUUGGAAAGAUACGGCAUGGUCCCAACCGACUCUUUAAUUACGUACAAAAUUACGUGGAAAAGUCUGCGGAGGAAACAUACAGCAGAAAAAUGUACAUCCCAGGAGGAACGAAUUUUUACUACACGCUGGACGAAGAAAAGCGGUCAUUUUAAUUGUUACACCGUUUGACAAUUAGCCUAAAUGAGCUUCUUAAAAUUGUACAACGAAAUUCAAUUUGCCGCAGAGGUGGCAAGUA